AUGGCUACCGAAACCGCUUCCCCGGCUGCGGCCAACACCAACACCACCGCCACCGAGACCGUCACCAAGGUCUCCAGGCCAGACGAAGAGGCCUACAAGAAGGACCUGGCAAAACUCCAGAAAGAGCACGAUGACGCCCUUGGCCGAUUCAAUGCCGCCAGGGCCAAGCUCGACAGCGCUUUGCCCAAGCAAGGGCAGGAGAGCCCCCUACAGGCACGGAAGAAGGCGUUGCAAGCCAAGGUCGACGAAAUCCGCGCGAAGCAGGGCUCUGGAAAGACUGCCCGAUCCGGAAAGCUGGACCAAAUAAAGUCCCUCGAUGAGCAACUUCGCCGUCGCAUCACCGAGCAGAACGCCGCCCGUUCCAAGGUCGCUUUCAAGAGCGUCGAGGAGAUUGACGCCAAGAUCAAGGACCUCGAGCGGGACGUCGAGAGCGGUAAGAUGAAGUUGGUUGAGGAGAAGAAGGCUCUUGCCGAGGUCAGCAGCCUGCGGAAGCUCCGCAAGAACUUUUCCGUCUUCGACAAUGACCAGAAGGCCAUCGACGAUCUCAAGCAGAAGAUCAAGGAGAUCAAGGACAGCAUGGAAAACCCCGAGGCCAAGGCCCUGAGCGAGGAGUAUAGCAAAGUCCAGGCGGAGCUGACCUCGGUCAGAGCGGAGAUAGAUUCCGUCUAUGGCAACCUGACUGCUCUGCGCAACGAGAAAUCCGAGCUCCACAGUGCGCAGCAGGCGACCUGGUUGGCGCUUAAGAAGCUCAAGGAUGACUACCACACUCAACGAAAGGCCGCCAUGAAGUGGGAGCGCGAGGUGAGGGAGAAGCGCCGAGAACGCGAGCAGGCAGAGCGCGACCGCAUUGCCAAGGAACGCAAGAUGGCUCGGGCUCAGGAGAUGCUGGCCGAGGCCAGCGACCCGGCUUUUGCGGAGCAGAUUCGCCGCGCUAACAACCUGGUGCGCUUCUUCGACCCGACCCACGCCGUCGAGGAGAAGGCGCCCCUGCUCGCUGACAAGGGCCUCGGCGCGUCCGCCCAGCGCAAGGUAAACGCCACCGGCUUCGAGGGCAUGAAGCUCGUGCGCAAGGAGGACCGGGAGGAGGAUUACCUCCCCGCUGUUAAGAAGGGCAAGAAGGGGAAGAAGAGCCAGACCUCUGAGACAACCGCCUCGAAGUUCAGCUGCCCGCCGUCCGUGAUCGAGGACUGCACCUUCGUGGGCGUCAACCCGCCCAUGAGCGCGGCCGAAGUGCCGGAGGUCAUCGAGAAGGUCAAGGGCAAGAUUGCGCAGUGGAAGGCUGACCAGCCGAUCCAGACGCAAAAGAACAUUGACAAGGCCAAGAAGGAGAUUGAGCGCCUCGAGGCCGAGGAGGCGAACGCUAACUCUGGCUCCAACACGCCCAAGGAGGCGAACGGCCAGAAGGGCGACGCCGACCAGGCCGUCACCGACGCCGCGGAGAAGGUCGCCGAGGUCUCGCUCACCGAGGCGAGCGAGACGCCUAAGGAGGUCGAGACCACCGCUUAG